AAUAAAUUGAAAGGUCGUCGCCAUGAAAUAUUUGUGCGGUAUUGUGCUCUUUGCCGCUCUUUUGGCCCUAAGUGUGAGGCCUUCUGAGGAGGCUUGUGGAUACGAGGCAUGCCCCAAAACGAAGACGAACAUGAUCAAUAUUCACAUGGUUCCCCACUCUCAUGACGAUGUCGGCUGGCUGAAGACCGUUGAUCAGUACUUCUAUGGCCACAGGAGCAACAUUCAGCACGCUGGAGUCCAGUACAUCAUCGACACCGUGAUCGCUGAGCUCAUCAAGGAUCCUUCCCGCCGCUUCAUCCAGGUGGAGACCUCUUUCUUUGCCAAAUGGUGGUCGGAGCAAUCCGAGACUGCGAAGCAGAUCGUGAAGAAACUGGUCAACGAAGGUCGCCUGGAGUUCACGGGAGGAGCUUGGAGUAUGAACGAUGAGGCUGCCGUUAACUACCAAAGUGUGAUCGAUCAGUUCACCCUGGGAUUGAAGUUCUUGGACGACACUUUCGGCUCCUGCGCUCGUCCUCGCAUUGGCUGGCAGAUCGAUCCCUUCGGUCAUUCCCGUGAGCAGGCUUCGAUCUUCGCUCAGAUGGGUUAUGAUGGAGAGUUCUUUGCCCGCAUGGAUCACCGCGACAAGAACAACCGCAUCGACAACUUAGGUAUGGAAAUGAUCUGGGACGCCAGUGAUUCGCUGAGCAACGAUGAAAUCUUCACUGGCCUGCUGUACCGCCACUACUCGGCUCCCCCCGGCUACUGCUUCGACGUCCACUGCGGUGACGAUCCGAUCAUUGACACUAAGAGCUACGACAACAAUGUCAAGUCCAGGGUCGAUGACUUCCUCAGCUACGUGACGGAGGUGGCCAAGCACUUCCGAUCCAACCACAUCAUGAUCCCCAUGGGUGAUGAUUUCCAGUACGAAGAUGCUCAGGUUAACUUCAAGAACAUGGACAAGCUGAUCAAGUACGUUAACGAGCGUCAGGCCGAGGGCUCCACCUUCAACCUGUUUUACUCUACCCCCGCCUGCUACCUGAACUCUGUGCAUGAAGGUCUUCAAACCUGGCCCAACAAGACCGAGGACUUUUUCCCCUAUGGCAGCGAUGACAACAGCUACUGGACCGGCUACUUCACCUCCCGUCCCACCCAGAAGCGUUUUGAGCGCGAUGGCAACCACAUCCUGCAGGUGGCCAAGCAAUUAAGUGUCUUCGCCGGUCUGACCAGCCAGCAGCAGAAGGAAGAUCUGGAGUACCUUCGCGAGAUUAUGGGUGUGAUGCAGCACCACGACGCCAUUACGGGCACUGAGAAGCAGCAUGUCUCCGAUGACUACGAUCGGAUUUUGUACGACGCCAUCCUAGGUGGUGUUAACACAGCCCGCGAUGGUCUGCGCAAGCUGACCAAUCUGCCCAACGGAGAGUUCGAGAGCUGCCUGCAGUUGAACAUCAGCGAGUGCGCCUUCACCAAGGACGAUGCUGAUAACGUGGUGGUGACCGUGUACAACCCCCUGACCCACACUUCCACCCAGUAUGUGCGAGUCCCAGUCAAGAACGAGAACUACCAGGUUACCGACGAGAAGGGUCGCGUGGUAGCUUCUGAAGUGGUCCCAGUGCCCUGGCAGGUCCUGGCCCUGGAGUUCCGCAGCAACGACACUCAGCAUGAGCUGGUCUUCAAGGCUUCCGUCGACAAGAUCGCUAACUAUUACAUCAAGAAGGUUGUUGAUCAGGAGAGCCAGACCGUCGCUGUGCACACCAAGUCAAAGAGGUCUGUCAAGGUUGAAGAAUCUAACUUGGAGUUGCCCAAGCGAUUCAAGAAGGUUCAUUCCAUGAAGAACGCUACUCAGACCUUCGACGACGAGGAAGGAGAGACUGUGGUGCAGACUUCGGAAGUCAAACUGGUGAUCGACAACAAAACUGGUCUCCUAAAGACGGUCGAAAUGAACGGAGUCUCCGAGAACAUCGAUCAGAGUUAUGGUGUUUAUAGGACCUACGACUCCGGUGCCUACGUCUUCCGUCAAUACCACCAGGCUGACUUUAUUGUACAGUAUGAAGGUGUUGAGUUCACCGUUUACGAUGGAGCUUUGGUCAAGGAAGUCCACCAGCAGUUCAGCGAAUACGUCUCCCAGGUCAUUCGCAUCUACGAGGGCGAGCCCAUUGUGGAGAUCGAGUGGCUGGUUGGGCCCAUUGAGAGUGAAGAGGAAUUCGGCCGGGAAGUGGUUAUCAUCUUCAACAGUACCAUUGCCUCGAAUGGCGUUUCCUAUACCGACUCCAAUGGCCGCGAGAUGAUCAAGCGUGUAAAGGACCAGCGGGAGGACUUUACUCCCGGUCUGGAUAGGCAGCCAACUGCAGCGAACUACUAUCCCGUCACAUCCCGAAUUGCCCUGCAGGACAGUAAGAAGCGUAUUGCCCUCCUCAACGAUCGUGCUCAGGGAGGAGCCAGCAUGAUCAACGGACAGUUGGAACUUAUGUUGCACCGUCGUCUGGUACGCGACGACGGCUACGGUGUUGGUGAGGCCUUGGACGAGGAGAAGUUCGGCCAGCCCAUGAUUGCCCGUGGUAAGGUCUACCUGAUUCUCAACGCUGCCGAUGAGUCCACUGCCGUGGAGCGCGAAGCCGAAAAGAAAAUUCACCUGCCCUUCUGGAAGUUCUUCAGCAAGAACACCGGAAGCGCCAUCGCUGCUGCCAAAUCAAUUCCCAGCUUCGAUGACUUCCCCAAAUCGGUGCACUUGCUCACCCUGGAGCCUUUCAACGACGACGAGGUUCUGCUUCGCGUGGAGAACUUCCUGGAUCACACCGAGGGCCAAGUGGUUAGCUUCAACAUUCGGCCGAUCUUUGACUAUUUGAACGGAUUAGAAAUUCGCGAAACAACCUUGGACGGAAACUUGCCUUUGAAGGAUAUGAAGCGCUUCAAGUUCCACCACGAUAGCUCAGGACACAAGCCCGAAGAAGUCGAGUACUAUACUACUGCCCACAAGCCUUUGGCUGCUGAGAAAUCUCAGGAAGCCGCCGACUUCAGCGUUACACUUCAACCAAUGCAGAUCCGUACAUUCAUUAUCAAGACGGAGUAAACUGCAAUUCUCAACACAGUAUUAAAUGAAAUGUAAUUAU